UGCCAAGAGUGUGUGUCUACUGUUAUGUUUCAAUCUAAUGUGUGGGUGUACUGUUGACUUUGAAUGUGUCGCUGAUCUAUAGUGAGGGGAAACCGUUUGGAUGUUUUUAGGUCCCCUAGGGGACAGCAAGGACUUGUGGGAAGAUGACCUGAUUUCUAAUUUUCUCUUCUCAUGCCUGUGCUGAGGGCUAGUCGCUGCUACAAACAGAGAAACCCACGAAAGGAGUGUGUCAGUACAGUAUGAGUAGCCCCGGAUCUAUCUGGAAUAUGGCCUCGCUAUUUGCAUUACUGGAUUUUAUUUGACAUUUUUUCAUGGACGCUGGCGUGUUUGUGAUAGUCCAUCAAUAGAUUCAGGUGUGCAGCCAUGGCUAACCUGCAGCAGGAAUACCCCGGGGUCCUUCUGGGCAUCCUGGAGGAACUGGCCAAUAUGCGUCAAUGGCUGACAUUUCAGGAUCUCUGUCGCAUGGUCAGCACUCGUUUCGACCUGGAACACCUUUUUGAGCUUAGGAGUUUGCUGUUUGCAGCUGCCAGCCAGGACCCUUGUUUCCCAGCUACUCUCUUUAGAGACAGGGUUUCCACCAGAGGCCAGGGGCUUUCACCUAUAGGGGUCGCUGCUGACAUUGUAACUAUCUUCAAUCUUAUUCAGAUGACGGGUGGGGCUCCAGAUGAAAGCCAACCAAUGAGAGCACACAUGGUUCUCCCAGUCGACCAAUCCCCAGGCCCCAGUCUGCCAGGAAUCUAUCAGCUGAACAUUACUGGUCGAGAACGAGCACGAGCCCUCUCUGACUCAAGUGACAGGCCUAUUGACCAGCACUUGCUGUUUCCAAGACCUAAGUACUCGGCCCGCAAGCGAGGAAGUCUUCCCCCAGAUCCUAUUUCCCUUGUGUCUCCUCCUCCAAUCAGGGCUAGGGCUGUGUCUUUUGACUUGCCUCAUACCACACUUCUGUACCCUAGUGGUCAAUUCCCUAACGAGGGGAUGAAAAAUAUCUACCUGCCUCUGGAGACGGACAGCGAGUCAAGUGGAGAUUCUGCACAAAUGGAGGUGUUUGAAGUCGAACAGGGUUCAACUGUUGACCAGAAGAGAAACGUUUUCAAGAAGGACUUCCACAACCAACCCCCUCUGAUACCCCAGGUGACCGUUAGCAGUGACUCUCCAAGUCCCAACACAGUGAAAGGAUUUGACAAUCGCAGCUUUGAAAUGAUCCCCAAUCCUUACCCAUCACCAUCACCAACACCAAUCCAACAAACACCAGAGCAGCGGGCUAAACAUGAGAGCCUUGACGACCUACAGGACUCAACUUACUUCGGACCAGGGUCUAUCCCAGAAUGGUCCCCUCGUCACCUUCAGCCACCCAAGACUAAGAAGCCCCUCUGGAGCAACAAGAGUCACAGUCUAGAGGACCGGAUAGGCUCCGGCAGCGUUGGAAUGGGGUUGGAAUCCAAAGGGGCACAACUUCCAAGGCGAUCAACCCCAGCUAUUAGCAAUUUGAGGGGGUUAUCAAUGGGUGAGACUAUAGAUAGUGGAUUUCUAAGUGGAUUCGAAGGAGUCAGGGCUAAAGGAACCCAGACAGACCCACCAGACACCCGGCGCCUUCGUAGCCUGGUCCAUGCAGAUCGCCUAUCCUUCAUGACCUCCUUAGAUGACCCAGAAUUUUGUGAGGAUGACAUCAGUGUCAUCUUUCGCUUCUUAGAUGAUAUAAGCAUGUGUGGUUCCACAGGGGUUCUACAUCCCAGCGAGGGCUCAGCAGGUGUUAAUCAGGACACUCCUGAGGCAAGACGAGGACGCCUCGGUCAACUCCAAAGGCUUUUCCACUCACUAGAAAGCAGCGAUGAUGGGCUCAAGGCAAGUGUCUGUAAACUGCUGCUCCGUAUGAGCCAGAUAGAGAGACAACUAGAUUCGCUGAAUGAUGUAAAGGCUGAAAUCUCCCAGGUGCUAUCAGCUCUGCAGCGACUGGAUGACAAGAUUCAGCAGCCACUCAGUGGUGGCGGACAGAGCACUGGUGGGCGAUGGUUGGAGCCUCUCAGCGGUGUCUCAUCUUUUAUGAGCCACCCUCUAACCCCCUCUGAGUCGUCAGAGCCUCAGCCUCUAUCUGCUUCAGGGCAUCUAUUUCCAGCGACCAGCACUAGUAGUCUGGAAUGGAGCAGAUGCUACACUCCUGGGGAACAAACGGAAAGCAGCAAGGUUCAGGUUGAUUCAAAGGGUAGGAAGGAAGGGAAGAAGGAUGCAUCAUCUCGGCGUACCUCAAAAACCCAGCUUGAGGAGAAAAGUGUGACUGAAUCCAAACAGCUGAAUGUUUCGAACUCUGCAAGAGACUGGACAGUUUCAUUCUCAAAAAGCAAAGAUGGAAAAUCAUCACAUGGGCAGAUAGAUCAAUCAGGUAGCACAGCAAACCUAAUCUCCAAAAAGUCCUCCAACCUGGUGGAACAAGUAUUUAAUUCAUCCCUGUUCCGCCAAAAAGACAGCAGUCUUACAGGUGGGCUUACUUCUGGGAAGAUUAUAGAUCCCAGAUUGGCUGAGGGGAGGGGAAGGCCCAUAUGGACUGUAGAUGACAGAGAGGCACGAAUCUCCCCUUUGGACCUACAGGGCCAGGAGUCUUUGAACCCCAACAACAUGGAGUUCUGGAUGGAUGACAUCUAUACUCCAGGCUACGAUGGUCUACUCAGACGUAAAGAGGCUGAUCUCCGCCGGGCUAAAUACUGCAAGUUAAUUGCACUCAUUGCCGUUGCAGUGGUCAUUAUUCUCAUAAUUGUAAUUCCUAUUUGUAGCAUGGCGACAUGAACACCCUGACAGAGAGCCCAGUCUCUCUUCUGUUUUAGUUUUAUUCUGUGAAUUAUUUAUGAUCAGCAGCUAUGUGCUGUACCCUGGAGCUUGCACAAUUUUCUCUAGUAAUGAGUAGAUGAGAAAGCUUGACACUGGGCCACUGAAAACUGAAUGUCAGAAAACUGGAAGAUUCAAACUCUAACCCCCUUGCUGAGUCACGCCUUCAUGAAGUUGCAUCAAAUUGUAAGUAACAUCCAAUGCAAAGUUUUCUUUCCAAUAUACUGUCCUUUUUUCAUGUUUUUUCCUUAUUCAUUUUAUGUGGCGGAAAUGUAAUUAAUUUAUAAAUGACCUCUGAGAAGACAUGCUGUUACUAGUAAUACUGAGCCAAUGCACAAGUAUCCAUUUUAUUUAUUUUUCAGUUUGUCUGCUGUUUUCUGAGAAUCACCAAUCUAUCAAAUCUUUUGAAAUAAGCUUGACUGACUUCUGGCUGUUCCCUUGAGAACACUGCAGGGCGUUUUCACUUCAAUAUAAGACGGUAGUUUUGUCAAAUCACUGUUUUACAUAAGCAUUUUUAAUAGCAAUGAUUUCUGUCAACAGGAUACAUUCUAGGUUAUUUUAGUUUGAAUGUUCUCGUGCUUCCUUUAAGCAACCAUGCAUUCUACUCAAGCAUGCUUAUGUCAAUAAAACAAAUAUUUUUAUAUAGUACCUUCCCAUUUUUCAACUGAAAAAUAUAAACUGAUAUAUGCACUCAUCAAUGUGUUUGGCUGGAGUGUUUACUAAGUGUCAGGUUUCCAAAAAUGUAGGAUAGAUAUCCUGUUGUUGUUGAGGCAGUCAAAGAAAGAUGGAGCCUUUUCCAGUAAACACUCUCUGAGAAGGAUAUUCCACUUGUAAUUUCAUUGAUGGGAUGUUUGGAGUGCACCUAUGCACAUUAUCUUUGCACUACACUUACUUUGCUAGAGUUUUCUCACAUACCUACAGACCCACUUAGCACCAUGAGAUUCAUCUAGCAUCUUUUCACAGUGGAUGAAAGUAGUUUUGCCAAUGGUGUGACAUUCCAUUUUGUAAAAACGCCCUGUUAACUCAGGAGAUAUUAUAUUUAGAUCGACUUUUGGUGCCAGACUGUAAAAUACACAGGGGGGUUGACACAAAAACAUGGACGUUUU